GCGGCAUCUCCCGCGUGGCGUUGUCCCGCGCAGGCAGGCGUUUGUGAGAAACGGCACGGAAGACCAGCACGGAAAUGAGCGACCCGACAGGUCCGUGGUCUCCCGCUACCCCGGCGCUGCCCCCGGAUCGCGUGCUGAACUCGGGAGCCGUGAUCUUUCCCGGUGCCUUCGACCAGCAUGGAUGUCCGCUGCUCGUGUUCCCGGUGGAGACUCAGGCCAAACUCGCUCGCGAGCUCACCGAGGAAGACCUGUCCGACUUCAUCCUCUACGUCCUGCGCCUGCACAGCAAACCCCGGGAGGAGUGUCUGGUGUCGGCGGUUGCUGACCUGAGGGAGGCCUCGCUGGACGUGGUCAAGCGCGUGACUGGAACCCUUUUGCUGCUGGAGCGACAUGGGCGGGUUGUGCACUCGCUGUACGUGGUCCUGCCCAGACACAGGGGUGUGUCCAAGCACCUGCACAGACUGCUGCUGUCAGAAUCCUCCAGAGCCCCUAGCUCUGCCCCCUUUAAGUGCGUUUUCCUCAGAGAUGUAUUUGAACUCUCCAACUACAUGGACCGCAGUCAGCUGUUGGCUAGCCUGGGCGGGUAUCUGACCUACUGCCACCAGAGCUGGGUCAGCUUCGUUAAGGAGAUAGGUGGCUUCGUGCAGGCGUUUGUGGCAGUGGUACGACGAUUGCCUGCAUACAUCUCCGCCAUACAGGAGCUUUCCACCCUCCCGGUCCCUGAGGAGGUGGAGCCUCUCACCCUCUUCUGCUCCGCCCACCAGGCCCGCCUCCAGAAGCUGCGCAGGGACCUGGGUCUGGAUGACCUAUUGAGGCAGUGUGAACAAAUUUUAGAAAAGUUCCGUUGCCCUGAGCGUGACCCGUGUUACCAGGCAAUGGUGGGCACCCACUUCUUCACACGCACCGCCCUGGACAUGCUUCAGAACUACGACAGGAUCACGGCCGCCGUGGAGAAAGUGGCGUUGCUGUGGCAACAGGCCUUCUCUAAAGCCCGCCUCCAGCUGCAGGUCCUCAGACUUCAAAGAGAAGCACAACAGAUUCUGGCUCAGAUGGAGUGUGUGUGGCAGGGGGCGCUGCAGUCCUACAGGUCUGAGAUCAGAUCUGAGGCCGCGCAGAACAGCAGCAGGGCUGGAGCACUGUGGCUGCGCUUUGAGGCGUCUGUUUUUACGCAUGCUAUGGCUCUGGUGCGUCGUGCAGAGGAUGUGAUCCACACUACAACGGAGGUUGUUCCUAUGGGGAGUGGGUGGGGCCAGGAGGCGUGGCUUGCUGAGCUAGAGCAGGAGACAGACAGGUUCCGCAUGGCUGUGGAGCUACUGUACGAGAGGCUGAGGGCUGUGUGUCGCUUCCAUUGCGGCUAUGAGAAGGUUCAGCACUGGUACAGCCGGGCCAUCUGCGAGAGAUCCUUGCAGGACCUUCUGUGGAGCAGGUGCAGGAACCCCGACGUCCCGCCUCUUGCGUGUGUGAAGGGCGGGACCUCUGCUGACUCCGCCUGGAGACCCGCCCUGGAGUCCUUCCUCAGGCACCACCCCUGCCCACAGCUGGAGGAGCUGGCGCAGCUGGCACAGCUGGAACGGGCCCUAGGGGAGCUGCCCAAUCAGGGCGCGGCUGCACAGCUGACCAACAGGUGCAUGACUUUAAGGACGGUGAUGACCUCGCCUGAUUCCGCGACCCUUCAUGACCUCCAGCUUGCCCUACAGUGGCAGUACGAGCAGCUGAAAGGAAAUCGGGGAGCCAUGACGACGACCUCUGACCUUACGCUUGUGAGGGACGGCUGCGCUGAGAGUGGGGGUGCUGGCGUCCUCCCGAGAGAGUCAGGGUCCGGCCCAUGUCCGUCGGCCAGAUGGGACACUGUCCCCACCGUGGGAAAACCGCCAUCCCUCAUCUCCUUCGACUCUGGCUUUGGCGGCAUAGGAAGCAGUGGCCUUGAGACAGGAAGUGGGAAGGAGGUCCCUGAGGGAUUACCCAGAGUGCCAUUCAGCAAGGGAGGGGCACUGAGGUCUCCGCAGACGGAGGUGAACGUUCCGGGCAUUCCGAGCGUGCGGGACGGGCCGGAGCCAGACUCUCUGGGGGCCGGGAUCCGCAUUGUCCCCAGGGUGACGGCGGACUGUCUGAACCUGGAGAUCCGGGUGACCCGCUCAGCCACGCUGCCCCAGAACCCCUGGCUCGGCCUCCCCCUGGACGAGCUGGAGAGCUCCUACACUGUCACCAUCUCCCCCAGACAGCAGGGGGUGCAGCACAGCCCCCGCCACGCCAGCUGCAGCCUGGAGGAGGCAGAGCUAAGCCCCAUCCGGAAUAUUCUCUCCAGCACAAUAACGGACAGCGCGGGUGGAACUGAGACCACGCCCACUCUCCUGUGGGACACCUAUGACCUGCAUGACCUUAAACAUGACUCUUCUGUCAGGUGUGUGCGCGUGCGCAGGUCGCUGUGCUCCGUGUCGGACCUCUCUCUGUGUGAUUGGGUGCUGAAGGAGGAGGCAGAGCUUCAAGCUGUGGAGGAGGUCCUCCAGCGUACAGCUGGAAUCCUGCAGGAGGAGGAGGACGCCCUCGUCCAGGAAGAGGCUCUGUCCGUACUGCUGACACCCGAGCCCAUCGACGGGAAGUGGUCCACGUGGAGACGCCAUGCCCGGCUUGCUCCGAUGUCAUCCAGUGGUUUGGCAGAAGCAGGUGUGAUUGGUUUGGAGGAUGACCUCACUUCUCACCUCCAACUCUCCCAUUACCAUGACGACCUCUCAUCUCAGGGCUGUCCAGAAGACGCUGGAGGUGUCUGUGCUCCGUCUCCUGGCCCUGCGCGGAGUCCAGGCAGGGGGGACCUGCUCCAGGAACUGAAGAACCUGCAGUCUCUCGACAAGCGGAUCAUGGAGGAGAACCAGAAGCUCCAUGCUCUCCAUGGCUGUGGAGCUCAGAGCUGCACUGAAGACCGGAGAAGGUUCCUGGACGUUCUGGAGCAUGAGAAGAAGGAGGUGGAGGGUGGGAGGAAGACGCGGCUGCGCAGGGGUCGAAAGGUCAUCAAGUGCUCCAUCAUGGAGAGCACCUCGGCGCUCGGCGUCAGGGAGGAGGACGAGGGUUCUGUUUCUGAUGAAGCUCUGCUGACGAGCUGCAGACGCCAGCCGCCAGACACCAAACACGAAGACCAGCAUGUAACCCCAGAGGAACUGACCAAUCACAAGCCUUCUAAUUCAGCCACAGAUGAAGCUGCCCACUGCAAACUUGGGUCAGAGGUGCUGGUCACGACUGCGGAGUCCACCAAUAACGGCAAGAACCUCAGACAGGACACGUACCAAGGGUCUCUGUCCUCUACCGUCCUGUCUGAAUUGGACAUCUCAGCAGCUGAGUCUGACGCAUCCAAUCUUCAGAAGAGAGACAUGUCCGAUUCCAUCAGCGUAGCGUCGGAUCCGUCUGAUCUCUCAGACGUGCGAGUUUCUGUCGAAGAGCCGGAGAAGUGCCCGGGUCUGCAUGACUGCGGCCUGGAGAUGGAAACCGUGGGGACAACUAAUCACGCUCAGUGUGAGGGCAGUGGAGCUGACCCGCGAGUGGAGGAGGGGCGAAUGGUGCAGGAGGCUGGUCAAGAGAGGGCAUUUGACCCUGGGGGCUCAGGACCCUUGCCCCGCCCCCCUGGGUCAAGGAGGCCGUGGCUGGGUGAUCAGGCGAACUCUGUUUCUAACCGAGACCUACAGGAAAGCAACGCUCACGUUCCUGCUGCACUAGGAGGCCCGCCGGUGCCCUCUGCUGGCCCGAAGCCAAAAGCACGCACAAACCCUCCACCUAGAAAAUCGCAGUCACUCCCAGCAACACUGGGACACAACAACAACAACAACAACAACAACAACAAUGAUGACCCUCACUGUAGGACUGUGUGUCAGCCUGAGCACAACGUCACAUCGACAGAGGAGUUUAUAAUCGGAUCGGAUUAUGAACACGGAGAUCAGAUAGACGCUGCCUCUGAUGGAGAGAUCGAGGGUCUUAUUGUUGGGGCGGAGCCUGCGAGAUGCGAGGGAAUGACGUUGGAGGUGGAGUCUGGCUCACGUGGCGUCUCUGAGCUCAGCAGAGACCGUGCGGAGCACCAGGCUGCUGCUCCUGUUGGUUACGAUGUCUCGACGAGAUCCAGCCGCAGGUCCCCGGAUAUUCUGCCUCGCGUCUGUGUGCCAGAGCUGAGUGACCUCCUGACCCCCGUGGUCAUGGAUACAGGCUCUGUCCUGGUGAAGGCAGGCUUUGCUGAUCAGGAACUUCCCAGCAUCGUUUUCCCAGCAGCCAUCGGCCGGCCCAAAUAUGAGGAGGUGAUGCAUGGCAGUGCCGAGCGAGACGUGUAUGUGGGACACGAGACGCGGCAUAUGAGGGGUGUCCUGACCCUGCACUACCCCGUGAGAAAUGGCCUCGUCACCAACUGGGACCACAUGGAGCUGAUCUGGCAGCAUGCGUUCCAACAGCUGUGCGUGGACCCUGUCGACCACCCUGUGCUGCUGACUGAAGGCGUCAUGGUCCCACUGAGGAACCGGCAGCGCAUGGCGCAGCUGAUGUUUGAAUCCUUUAACGUCCCGCUCACCUAUGUGGCCCUGCAGCCUGUGUUGGCACUGUACGCAGCCGGGCGCACCACAGGUGUGGUGUUUGACUCUGGCGAUGGGCUGAGUCACAGUGUCCCUGUGUUUGAGGGGUACUGUCUGCCCCAUGCUGUACAGCGCCUCCCUCUGGCUGGAGCAGAUGUUACACUGCAGCUCAAACAGCUGCUGCUGGAGCAGGGUGUGUGUAUGCGCACGUCUGCUGAGCUGGAGAUCGUUCGGGACAUUAAGGAGAAAUGCUGCCAUGUGCCUCUAGAUUAUGAGGCGGAGCUUAGCAGAAUGGGCGGGGCUGGAACGCAGAUGCAUUACACACUGCCUGACGGACAUGUCGUAUCCCUGACGACGGAGAGGUUCAGGGCUCCUGAGAUCCUGUUCAAACCGGAGUUGAUUGGCCGUGAUCAUUACGGGAUGCAUGAGUGCAUUUUCAAAUCCAUCCUGCAGUCCGACAUUGACCUGAGGAAGAGCUUUCUGGGAAACGUAGUUCUCUGUGGAGGCAACACUCUCCUGGCUGGCCUGUGUGAGCGUCUGCAGCUGGAGCUCCACCGCCUGGCCCCUGCAAAAGGCAGCGGGACCGUGCGGGUCCUAAGUCCUCCAGAGCGGGACUUUUCUGUGUGGAAAGGCGGGGCUGUGCUAUCCUCCCUCCCAGCUUUCUCCUCUGCCUGGAUCAGCCGCGAGGAGUACGAAGAAUUCGGACCACAGAUUGUCUUCAGGAAGUGUUUCUGACCUGGGGACCUGUGACGGGUCUGUGGGUCUGCGUCUGGACCUGUCAGGUCUGGAGCCCACUGUGCUAAGACUUCUGCUUAUGUUUUUAGCUCAGUAUCUUCAUAAUAUAUAUUUUUAGCCAAAUAUUUGCACUGAGGAACCAUUUUGAGAGUAAGUGGAGGCGCUCCACAGGUCCACAGUGUGUUGGUGUGUGUGACCUCCCACGUGUAGAGGUCAUGUGGGUCAUGAAGGUUUGUUGGAAGCCUACCUCAACACAAACCUCAGAAAUGGUGCCAAAGAUUGUAUGUUUCUUAAAUUUUAAUGAUGAACUUGGGUCGUUUAAAGGUUAAAUAUGGGACUGUGUGAAGUUUAACCCUGUACGUGUUGAUGUGUUCGUGCUGAUGUGGGGCUUUGCAGACACCUUCCUCACGUGAGGCUAAAUAUGGCGAUUAUCCUUUCUGCUCAUUUGUUUGUUUACUGUUUUCUUCUGCCCCCCCCCCAUUGAAGGGGGGAUUGGGGUAGUGAACAGGCAUAUCUGUACCCCGUGUCACUGACCCAAGUCUCGCAAUCUGCCCUCUGCAGACUUUCAGAGGCUGCACCGAGGGGCGUCUCCUCACCUGCGCGCCCUCAUCACUUAAAUUCUUUGCUGCUCUUUGAUUAAUGCACGUGUGGAUUACAUUUAUUUUGCCCCACUAGUGUCUGUGCACACAUUUGUUUUAAUGGUGCGUGAUGUGACCUUUGCUGUGUGAGACUGAUUUUAAGGUAUUCGGUAUAACUAAAUCCUUGUAGUUUGUGUUGUGUGAAACUGGUGAAACUUCUUGCACUGUUUUUCAUGAUGGGUGCGCCGGAGGUCUGCCAGGAUGUAGUUUGAUGAGCCUGUGGGGGUGCAGCUACGCUGCGUCCGUCCGCUCGUAUAACCAUAUAUCUGCUCGUAUCUGCACGUUUGUCCCAAACAUCUUGCCAUCUUCUGUUGUGACCUUUUUAAUGUAAUAAAUAUUUUAACUUUCAUUCUAAAAAUGUCCGGUUCCUUUCGUUGAGUUUUUGUUUCACUAGUGGAAACUUUCCACAGCUGCCCCUGAAGGCAAGAGAAGUCACACACUGGCGUUUUGUAGCCAAAAUUAAGACGACGGGUAACAUGCAUCCCCAUUACAGCGCAUACUUUAAUUCAGUCAUCAUGAUUUAAACGUCCAGAACACACACCACCACCCCCGUGUCUGACUGUGUAUCUACGUUCUUCUGUAUCUAGGUGUCUUCUCUGGGA